CAAAUUUAAAAGUGUGCUACAUAGUAUUGAAAAAUAGGAAAACAGAAAAAGAAAAAGGAGAGUAAGAGAGAGACAGAAGAAAGGGCGACUUGGAGACUGAGAGGAAGAAGAGGUCUUUGUUUCUUGCGUCCUCGAUUCCAUUCGAUCUUCCUCAAUCCGACUGCUACCCUCGAUUUUGUUUGAUUGAGGUACGUGCUUCUCUCAUCUGAUCAUCCAUCAUUGGAAUUAUCCAAGUACAUGGGUUUCCUCGAAUUUUGAUGCCAGCUUCCGAAUCAAUUUCCCAUUUUUUUCGUUUAGAAUACUUUCAUGUUGAGUGAGUUCCUCUCAAUCCUUUUCAUUUGUAUGAGCUGUCGAUUCUGUUCAGAUUUUUCUUUAAAUUGGUUUUGGGUUUGCUGUUGUUUGGUGAGGGAGAAGGAGAGGGAUAACACUGGGGACGAGAGCUUGGGUUUAUUUGGAAUUUCAACUUUUAUGCGAGGGCACAAUGGAUGUUGAAAUCCCUAAACCCUAAGCCCUACAGCCUUUCCUCUGCAUCUUCUCUCAGCCGCAGCAACGCCGCCACAGCCACGGCCACCGCCUUCUGUCACUGAUUAGGGCUUCGUCAGCAUUGUCUCUGCUCGAAAUGGUGGGACUAUCCAUAGGAGAAAAGCAUUUUAUACAGGGCGGUAUUGCACAGGACAUUCGUUCUGAUGGUCGAAAAAGAUUGACGCCUCGGCCCAUCAAUGUCAAAACUGGAGUAAUUUCCCAGGCAAAUGGUUCGGCAAGGGUCAGGAUGGGGGCUACGGAUGUCAUUGCUAGUGUGAAGGCUGAACUUGGAAGGCCAACUGCACUGCAACCCGACAAAGGAAAGGUCUUUAUAAACGUCGAUUGCAGUCCAACCGCAGCACCAAUGUUUGAGGGUAGAGGGGGUGAGGAGCUGUCAGCAGAACUCUCAGUGGCUCUUCGACAUUGCCUCUUGGGUGGUAAAAGUGGAUCUGGUGCUGGAAUUGAACUCUCCUCUCUAGUAGUUGUGGAAGGAAAGAUCUGUUGGGAUCUUUACAUUGACGGCCUUGUUGUCAGUUCAGAUGGGAAUCUUCUAGAUGCCCUAGGUGCUGCUAUAAAGGCUGCUUUGAGCAAUACAGGCAUCCCAAGAGUAAAUGUUGCAGCUGGUGCAUCUGGGGAUGAGCAACCGGAGGUUGAUGUAAGCGACGAGGAGUUUCUGCAAUUUGACACAUCUAAGGUCCCUGUCAUAGUUACAUUAACAAAGGUAGGUAAGCACUAUAUUGUGGAUGCCACUUCAGAAGAGGAAUCACAAAUGAGCUCGGCUGUUUCAAUUUCCGUCAAUAGGCAAGGGCACAUCUGCGGGUUGACCAAACGGGGUGGUGCAGGCCUUGAUCCAAGCAUCAUUCUCGACAUGGUAUCCGUGGCAAAAACAGUUAGUGAGCAGCUGAUAAACACGUUGGAUUCUCAGAUAGCUGCCGCUGAAGCUGGUGAAGAUGAAUCGUAACGUAGUUAGAAUCUCUGAUAUAUCUAAGUAGGUGGUUCGAGCAGGUCCUCGCUAUAUGAAAUUUGUAAUUCCGAUACUUACACAGAGCUGAUGAAAACAUUUGAUUUGUUGUACGCACAUUUGGCACCUUACGCUGUUAGAGAGUUAAGAGUUGUUGCUUUGAGAGCUUUUGCAUUC